UGCGCUAACGAGCCACUUGACCUCCCUCGGUGCGCGCUCCUACUGCCGGAGUGACGCAAAACCAAAAAGUGGGCUGGCGCAGCGCUAACUGCAGCAAGUUUGGAGGAGAGACUACCGAACAAUCACUAGUCAGGCAGACUUCAUGUAGGAGCGCCCAUCCUGGAUCCGCCGGCUCUCUCUCUCUCCCUCUCUCUCUCUCUUUCCCUCGGAUGUAAAAACCAAUGCAAAGUCCUCGUGUGGCGGAGAUACCGGGAUGUGUACGGAUGUGUGUGUGUGAGAGAAAGACGAGACUGCACUUCCCCCCCCCCAGACACUUCACAGCAGCAGCCUCCUCCAUUCAGUGUAGCCGAGAGGUGCUGGAUGAAACUUUUUCUUGAAUGAGUAUCCCGCCUCUGGCUGGCACAUCUGGACGCACGGCACACGGAGCUGUCAAGUCCAGCGCCAACUUUAAGCCGGACCAGACCCGAGCCCCCCUCCUCUCCCACUGUGUCCUCUUCUAAACUCCGAAGCGGAAUAUUGGACUUUUAAGCUAUUGCUUUUUUUUAUUUUUUAUUUUUUAAACUUUUUAUUUUUUUCCUGUUUGUUUUUUAAUAAUUGAAAGGCACAGAAUGGAACAGCCAGUCCUCCGAAUAACGUGCGUCCUGCUGGUUAUCUGUCUCCUGGAUAAAAGGGUAGACUCCAAUGAAAUCCUGGGCCUGAAGCUCCCCAACAUUGACCCAAUCCUGAACGCCAACACGGUGUGUCUGACACUCCCGGGUCUGACGCGGCGCCAACUGGACGUGUGCAUGCGCAACCCAGACGUGACGGCCUCAGCGAUCCAGGGAAUCCAGAUCGCCAUCCACGAGUGCCAGCACCAGUUCAGAGGGCACCGCUGGAACUGCUCCAGUCUGGAAACUCGGAACAAAAUACCCUACGACAGCAUAGUCUUUAAAAGAGGCUUUAGAGAGAGCGCCUUUGCGUACGCAAUCGCAGCAGCGGGCGUGGUGCACGCUGUGGCCAACGCCUGCUCCAUGGGCAAGCUGAAGGCAUGCGGCUGCGAUGAGAAGCGCCGCGGCGACGAGGAAGCCUUUCGUAUCAAACUGCACCGCUUGCAGCUGGAGGCCAUCCACCGUGGGAAGGGUAUGGUGCAUGGCGUCAUGGAGCACUUCCCCGCCGACCUGCCGGGACCCCAGGACUCCUGGGAGUGGGGCGGCUGCAGCCCCGAUGUGGAAUUCGGGGAGAAGUUCUCACGUGACUUCCUGGAUGCUCGGGAGACCAACAAAGACAUCCAUGCCCGGAUGAGGCUGCACAAUAAUAGAGUUGGGAGACAGGUGGUGCUUGACCACAUGAGAAGGAAAUGCAAGUGCCACGGCACGUCGGGCAGCUGCCAGCUAAAGACCUGCUGGCAAGUCACCCCGGAGUUCCGUGUGGUGGGCUCAAUCCUCAAAGAGCGCUUCCACGUCGCCACACUUAUCAAAGCGCACAACCGGAACACGGGGCAGCUCGACCACUCCCACCACAACAACCACAACAACCACCAUAACCAUCACAGCCACCACAACCACCACAACCACCACCAUCAUCAGAACAACCACCAUCACCACCACCACACACAUCGGCGGCGGCCGAGCGUCAACGAGCUGGUCUACUUUGAGAAGUCGCCGGACUUCUGCGAGCGGGACCUGGGGUCGGACUCGACCGGCACGCAGGGCCGGAUCUGCAACAAGACCAGUCCCGGCAUGGACAACUGCGAGAGUCUGUGCUGCGGCAGAGGACACAAUAUCCUGCAGCAGACACGGAGCGAACGCUGCAACUGCAAGUUUCACUGGUGCUGCUACGUGGUCUGCGAAGAGUGCAGGAUAACAGAGUGGGUCAGUGUCUGCAAAUGAAGAAAUACACGUCAAAAAAGACUACAUAAAGAAAACAAGGACAAAGAGACAUUUUAAAACCGAGACUUUUCAUUUGAAAGGGGAAUAUGACUGUAAUAUUUGUACCCCCGUUCCUUUUUUGCGGUGGACUGCUGUUUUCCAGAAGAGCGAGGACAGUGCAUGUGAAGCAGUUGAGCCAGCAGAAAGAUAGACGUGCGUGUGGGUUGUGCACAUGCAGGGUAUGUGUAAAGCUGCCACAUCUCAGAGAGCUUGGACGUUUACUGCCUUCCUCUUGAGACAAAGGGACACAAUUAUAUCAGAUGAGUAUCUGAAAAGUCCAGGACAUGAGAUCUGAGCCCUGAAAAACAACAAACUCUUAAUGUUGACUGACAUUCAGCUGCGUGCGAUUCAGGUAGGCAGAGAGGAAGUCGAGCGUAAGCGGUAGAUUGCAUGCAGAAAGAAAAUAAUAUUGCUUCAUAGCGCCAGAGAUAUUUAAGGUGGAACGGCUGAUGUCUGCAGCCCGUGAAAGUUUAAAAAUGGGGGAGGGCAUCUAAAAGGGUUUUCAACCACAUCACAACUCAAACAGUAAUCCCUCCAUUGUCUAUAUAAUAACUUACAGCAUUAACAUUUAGCAUUUGCUGUCUCCAUCUACAACAUACAGGGACAAACAUAGAGCUUUACACACACAAGGAUUCACAAUGCACGGGAUUUGUCACACAGCACAACACACUUGGAGCACUUAAGGAUUUAGUGCCUUGUUCAAGGGGCAGUUACUUUUUCUGUGUUUUAUAGCAGAUAUCAUGUUAUAUAGAUGACAUCAGGGGGUUUGUCUGGCUCAGGUGUGUAUCAGUCAUAAACCUCCAAUAAAUACAUCCACGCAGUUUGGUCGAAAAAAGGGAGAAAUGAGAAAUUCAAUUCCCAGGGAAAACUGGACUGUUUAGUGUGAAUGUCAGCAUUCAUAAAUUAGAAGAUUGCAUUGAAAGAGCAAAACUUUAAUAAUAAUUGAUGGCCACUCUGGAAAGGAGGGCAUUACAGCAAUGAUGAAAAACUGAUGUGAAACUCGCCCCCUGGGACUCCUCAUGUCAGACCAUGACAUCUGAAAGAAUUUCCUUUUCUAUAUAUGGAAGAUGUUUGCAUAGAAUUCACUUUCAAUAGAGUAAAAACAAGCACUAUAUUCCUCUACACUAUGAGAAUCCAUCUAACAAUCAACCUUUUGUGACCCAAGCUCAUACAUUUGUUUUCCAGACCUCCCAAAAAGCACCAUGUGUAGUGUGUGUGUGUCUGUGUGUGGUAUCUAACGUAAGAGGCCUGUCAAGAGUACACCGAGUGCACAGAAGACAAUUAAUUCAACACAUACAGCUUUCAUCUUGAGCACGAUCUGAACGGCAUUGUAAAUAAAAAACAUAUUGAUGCUGCACAAAAAUAUGUACAAUACAUUAAAAGUGCCUCGGGAAACUGAGUGCACGUGAACAGGCGUUCAGCUCCUCGCACUGUAAACAUCCGACGUGUUGUGAUGCAAUGUGCUGUGUGUGUGACACUGAAAGCUCCCUGUGUUAUAUCUACACUCACCUCCUUCACAUUUCUUCAACGUGCACGACGGAGAUGUUUUGUCAUCAACUUUAAAGGUAUAUAAUUAAGAUUAGGUUGAUAAGGAUUUCUGCCUGUGCACAUGUUGAAGAUCAUAUUUUUAUUUUUGAGUGAGGCUCCUUAUCAGACGGUGUAAUUUAUUUCAAGCAGAUAUGUUUUAAGUGUUAUAAGCAGAGGGGGGGGGAUGAUGAUGCUUCCAGUGCAACAGAUUAUUUUGAUUCUGAUAAGUAGUUUGCACAUACAGAACUGUGUCCAGGAAAAACUCUGGGAAAAAUAUCUAUUAUAUGCAUUUUCUUUUUUCAUGUCUUAAAUGUAAUGUAUGUUCGUAUUUUUUUAUGUUUUAAUAUGGUUAUUAUCUAAGUUAUUUUAUUUUUGUGGAUAACUUAAUAUUUGUAAGACAAUUAAAGAAAGACCAUAAUAUUGAAAAAGGGGCUUUAAUGUGAUGAAUAAUAAAAUACAUGGAACCAGUGGAUUUGGUAAGAGAA